AUCGAUUUUACCUUGAUAAACGUGGACUCAAAUUAUGCAAAUAAUUUCAACUUGAUUGAAGCGGAUUAUAAGAUCAUAAUGCUGUCGUAUAAAACGAUUGCACCUAUCUUGAAAGCAUCAGGUUUGGAAAUUGCACAUAAAGAUUCUCACAAUGAAUUUGAUGGCCUGACAUAUUACAAAGGAAAAGCCAGCGUUCGCAGCUAUUACUGUGAUAACAAUAUGGGCUACAGAAUGGAUGGAGAAUUACAUAUUUGUGCCGGCUGUGGAAAAGGAUGGUGGAUGGAUAAUGCAAAGAAAGUGUGUCACCCAUGCGGUCCUGGGUUUUUUAAUGACCAAGAAGUUGCCAACGAGUGCAAGCUGUGUCCUGAAAACUUUCUGAGAGCAGGGUGGGCCGCAAUGAGUGUUGAUGAAUGUCUCCCGCGAGUAAUUCGGCAGGGAUUUGUAAACUACAAAGUUCGAUAUGGUCUUCUUGUUCCUUGUGUUUUCAUGAUGGCUCUCACUUCAUUUGUUGUACUGAUCAGCAAAAUCAUCCUGCUCAGAUAUGAAGGUACAAACUGAUAGUGGGGUAGCUAAACAAAAAUGAUUACUACGACUUUUCGAAAACGUAAUCUGAAUCCCUAAAAGAAGAGUUUUCUUAAUUAUUUAUGAAUCAUGGUAAUUAAAA